AUGGCCAUCCUUCCAGACCUGGAAAUGACAGAACGUGCGUCCUGGUCACUGGAGGGAUUCCAUAGACAUCCAAGGGCAGAGAAAAAAACCGCUGGAUCUGGUUCAAGCCAGUCAUUUUGGAAUGUGACUGGAUCUCGUCUCAAGAAAGGGGGACAUCAGGUGCAGGUGCCCCGGAUGCCAAGAGAUCAGAGUCAGGGGGAUGCCCAUCUUCAGGAGUUUCCUGGCAACUUCCAAGGGUGGAGAUUCCCUUAUAAGUGUCUGGAGGCAGAUAUAGUGGCAGAGAUUGGCCUGGAACAGCUCAAUGGGCUGGAAAUGGAAGUCAUGAGAAGGCAGAUACAAGUGAUUUCUGGGAGGCUGCGUGCCCUUGAGGAUCAGGAUGCCACCUGGCACCAUGAAGAGACUGUGCUCUUUAGUCUGCUGAUGUCAGUGUGCAUAGCCAACCUGUGGCUUUGGAUGCUCCAGUGAAGUUUCACAGACAUCACAGCCCUGCUACAUCCAUCCCUUCCUCUCAUCUUCCCUUUGCUUUCAGGGAUGCCCUUGCCCACCCCAUUCUAUCACGCAGCAGCCAACAGGUAGCAUUUGGGUCAUUUUACCCUUCUGCUCAAGCCUCCUGCCUGGAGAUGAACUCACUCAAUUUUGAGAUUCUAGUUGCUGCGAGGCUAGGAAACCACUGAGUAGCAUCACAGAUGUGCCUGUGUAGAGAUAUCACUCCUCUGGAGGGAUUAGAGGAUGUCACCAGCCCUGACAGAAACACCAGCAUAAGCACUACCUAACUUGCCUGCCCAUAGAACCAAGCUCUGUGGGCCUGGCCUCUGUAACCCAGCAUUUCUUCGCUUCCAUCCUCUGUGGGCUGGGUUUGGCUUUGUAUUCCUCCCUUGCUUCC